AUGCUCCCUCGUUUGCUUCUUCUCCUGCCGGUCUCGCUUGCAGCUGUAUGCUGCGACUACAUCGGAGACAUCAACGAAGAUGCCCUUUGGAAGCUGCGUGAGAACUUCUGUAACAACGUCAAAGGUGCAGAAGGUAAUAAAGACGAAGGUUACUACCUCAAGACCUCCGUCGAGGCCGAUAGCCUUCACCGUACAGAGUUUGCCUUCGCCGCGCAGAACGUUCAAGACGAGUUCCCCAGUUGCUGGGAGGCCACCGAGAAUCUCAUCAACCAAUGUGCUCGUCAAGGCCAUGCUCACGGCUCUUGGGAGAACGACGCGGAGUUUUACGGGAUGACACUCGGAGACAGCCGAGCGAACGGUCGCCGCAAACGAUCCCUCGACGAAUUGCACCCGGUCACCACUCCCGAAGACUUCAGGAAUCUCAACAGCGGCACUUAUACCCUGGACGGAGAGGAUGUGACAAUUGAAUUCCAAGACUCAGUCCCUUCCAGCGGUGCGGGAGGUGACGCCAUCACUCCGUCCGACGGAUCUGCCAGCAAGGAUUUCAAGACCACUCAAGGCAUCGCAGCGUCCUGGAACCAGACCUUCAGCACCACCAUCGAUCUGAAAUCUGUCAUCAGAGACAUGAUCUCACAGGAGAAGAAGGCACGCCGAGGCUUGGGAGUGAAGAGAGACAUCCAUCAGAGAUGUGAUACGAAAUCCUCAGAAGGCAACACGCGAUGGGUAAUCCUUCAAGGCGGAGAUUGGGAGAAAGAACCCGAGAGAGUGUCCGGAUGCCUCCCUGGCCAUGAGGAUUACUUCAAAGGCUCCGGAAAGGAGACGUGCCAGACGUUCAGCCUGGACUUGAGCGGUGCCCUCGAGAAGGCAAUUGCUUCAGUCACGCUGGCAUUCAACGCCGAAUGGAAGACGUGCGUAUAUAACAAGGAGGCGCUCACACAAUCAGGAGCCUGCCACGUCAUGUGGACUCAGCAGAAGAUGUACUGGCAGCGCGGUUUUGCGAUCGAGACACGUUACUCGGGCAACUUCAUGAACGCGGCUCCUCACAUCCAAGCUGAUGUCAAGUUCGUUCACACCGAUGGGCCCCAAGACGAAGUCAUUGUUCUCUGCGACCGCGGAUGCUGUGACCUCGGCGCCUGCACUGAUAUCCCUUCCAGGGCUCAGCUGACUUGGGAUGAGUGUGAGAAGGUCCCUGAAGACAGGAGGUCGUGUUAUAUCAUCGCGCUAUCUCACUUGACUGCAGAAUAA